AUGGCCACAGUUGGACGAAAUGCAGAGCUGUACGAUUGUCAAGUUACCGCCUGCCAGAAAUUCUUUUCGGAACAACUACCAGACGUUUCAAAAUGCCGGCCAUUAACGGAGGACGAAAUACCCGAAACCAUGAAAAACUAUGCCAGACCGCUUGACUUGUACGAUAUAACAGGCGUAGAUGCUCGUCAGGUAAUUGAGCUACUGGUUAAAAUUAUAAACAACGGAGAUAAGUUUACGAAAAACAAGACCUUCUAUUUUAUGUUGCACAAAAACGACGAGAGUAAAGAAGAUGAGCAGAUAGUGGAGCUGUUCAAACUCAGAGCGAAUCCAACCAAAGACCAACCUGGCAAUGGCGUUGUGUUCAUACGUCCGAGGGGAAGGAAAGUUUUUAAACGAAAAGCCAAAAAUUACGAGCAGAUCCAUAGUGCUUUGAGGGCUUAUUACAAAAAGGAUACUAAAUCCUUCGCGGAGCAUAUCCAGGAACUAUUUCUGGACAAUACAGUGGAUAAAAACGAUUUUCCCCAAAUCACCAUCGAAGCCUACAUGAUACUGCUGUUUGAAAUAAUAAUAAUAAUAAUAAUAAUACAGUAUUUAUAUAGCGCUAUUUCUAUUGCUAUAUUCAAUAGCGCUUUACAAUUCAUUUAUAACAAUUAACAUUUUUUUUAUAUGAUCAAAGGCGCUUUACAAUUAGUGUCUCUUCCACCCAUCCCACCCCAGGGGAGGACAUCCACCACACAGUAAUCUCGUGCGUGGGAAAUUAACGUCUCCUACCCCAACCCUGCAGGAGACGGGGCCUACGAUUUUACGUCCUAUCCGAGAAGACGAAGCAAUGUGAGUAAAGCGUCUUGCUUAAGGACACAACGUCAUGCCCCAGCCAGGACUUGAACCCGGGCCGUCGAACCCAGAGUCCAGCACACUGACCACUGGACUACUCACGCCUCGCCGUUUAGUCGCAUCGAAAGAGCCAAGCGAAUUAAAAGUCCAGUAUGACAUGCUUCCCAUUGGAAUCGCUAUCGUAAGGAUUGUGAAGCUGCUCGAGUAUGGCGAAGAAGAAAUAUGCGCAUUCAGGGACGUUUUUUCCCCUGGCAGAAAAUUUCAUUGUUUCUCAGGUUCUCCCCAGGUCAGGAAAGAAUCGAUUGUCAACAUAAAUAAAUCUCCCUUCGUUAACGCAGAGGGAGAAAAAGAGAAACUUAUUGAGAAGGCCACCAAGGAACUUCAAGACACAUUC